AGUUUUGAUAUUACUAUCUUUCAGUGAACACAGUCUAAUUGUUUAGGCUAGAAGGAAUGUUUAUAAAGAAUUUCUACCUAUUUUUCCUUGUCUACUUUUCCUAUAAAACAUGUAACGCUAACGAAUUAAGUUCAUCGACUACUACGCAAAACAUUGACCGAAUCAUUGUGAAUAGAUGUCUAAAGUUUGUAUCAAGUUUUCCCAUUUCCAAUUUAUUCUUUUGCUUCUUACCUUUGUUAUUAUGGUUUCAAUUAAAACUUCUUUACUCAUUUUAUCUGUCUAAUUAGGAUAAGGAAAUCGAAAGUUCAGUGCAAUCAAUUUUUGAACCUCUUUAAACAAGGUCUUGGUCGUGGUAAUUGCAAUAGUAACAAUCAUAAUUAUCAACUGGUAAUUAAUUUCGCUAAUCCGAUAACAAAAGAGAAUGACUUGUUACUUUGGAGUGGAUUUGGAGGGAGGUUAUGCGUUGGAUGAUUUAACUUGGUGCUCGAAUCCGGAUAAACCUGCACAAUUUGGUCGAAAUUGUACAUCAUGUACACCCUAUUAUCACUCUGCUCAAGGCUCUUAUUGGGACCAAAUUUCGCGUAGAUUGGCUAGUCUUGCUAUUGGUGAGAGAGCCCAUGUUAUAUUGAACGGUAGAAAAGAUACAGUAUUCAAUUCGGGAGGAGUGUUUGGAAGAGUAGAAAUAAGAGAACUACAAAAAUUAAACAUCAAAUUGAAAAUAAUGAUAUUCAACGCAAAAAGUAACACAGUCUGCUCAAAUGAUGAAAGCAUAAAAGCUUUGAAAGCAAUUAUGAAAAAUAAAAUUGAUGGCUGCAUUGACAAUCAAUCGGAAGUUGAAGCUAUGAUGAAAUGCCAACCGGGUUCAAGUUGUAAUCUUUAUCAACCAAAUUCAGGAGAUAUUUUAAAAUCAACUCUACUUUGGCUAAUUUUAUUUUACGUUCUAAAACUUAACUUUAAUUAA